AUGGACCGCCUCCCGCCUGAAGGUCAAUCUGCGUACCUCCGAAGCUGCAUCUCCACCCGAACACUGGAUACCAUUCGUAUCUACAUGGGCGUCUCCGUCGGUGCUACCUGCGUCACCAUUUUGGACAGUCUUGCUGAAUAUUUCACCCGCCAAUCUAACAUCACUCUUCGACGAGUUGAAUUUUCCACGUGUAAACAGCUUGAGGGAGAAAGUUUCGAACAAUUCUUCGUUCGCUUGACCCUUCUUCAUGAAAACUCGGAUCCUUGCACCCACUGCCAGGAAGAUCAAAUGGUCACUCGACUCAUUGCUGGUAUUGAAGAUGUUGAGCUCCGUCAGAAACUGUUAGCCAUGCAGAAACCUACAGUCCAGACAUUAAAAGAAGCUUGUCAGGCUACUGAAUCAUCACGAAUUGAUGGCCACACCCUAGAACAGGACGCCAAGUUUCAACGCGUGCUCAACAAACGCACUCUCUCUCAAUCCGGACCCCCAUCAUUGCCGUUCCGGGAGCCUUUCAGUGAAGCGAGACACCACUCCUUGAAGAGUUGCCCAGGUUGCUUUAUUCAACACGAUCGACGUGCUUGCAUUCAUCGUAAUUCCACAUGUCAUCAUUGCGGCAAAACGGGACACAUUCAACCUGUCUGCUACGCCUUGAACCGACGACCCAAGCUUUACACCAACAAUGAGUCUUCGAAAAACAACACAAUCAAGAUUUGUGCGGUGACAUCGCCUGCCCCGACCAUUGUUGUUCAGGUUCUUUGCCAGGGUCGUUCUUUUGAUGCUACAGCUCUCCCUGAUUCAGGAGCGGACGAUAAUCUUAUCAGUAUCCACCUCCUCAACAAGUUCGGCCAAUUCAAGUUGCGCCCAGCUGACAAUCGAAUUCGUGCCGCAAAUGACUCGCCAAUUCAAUGUCUUGGCAUUGUUGAGAUGGACGUCACAUUCCACGCGCGACAGAUCCACAUUUCGGCCUUUGUUACUUCCGAUGUCACUGAUUUUCUCCUUUCAUGGAGUGUUAGUCAACAAAUGGGCCUGCUUUCUCCUCUUUAUCCCUUGCCAGAUUACUUGUCUCCUCCGCCUGGCAUCUCACGUGUUAUCUCCAAUCUAGAACCCAUGACCAGAUGUCACCAAAUCCUAUCCCAGCACACCAUCGAUCCUGACCCUGCACUUGUCCACGCUACCAAAUCAGCUCUUGUGGCCGAAUUCUCCGACGUAUUUUGCCCACCUGACGAUCUCCCCCCUAUGGCAUGUGAACCAAUGGAUAUCCAUCUAAAGGUUGGUUACACACCUUAUAAAAUCAUUACACCUCGUCCCAUCCCCUAUGCUCAGCGAGAUUCGAUCCAAGACAAGCUAAACGACAUGGUCCGUCAAAAAAUCAUUAUCCCGGCUGAUGAUCGUCCAUCCGAAUUUGUCAGUCCCAUGAUUGUCGUCUCCAAAAAGAAUGGAGAUCCUCGUAUUUGCAUUGACUACAAGAAGUUGAAUGAACACGUUGUACGCCCGACUCAUCCAUUCCCCACCCCUAAAGAGGCCAUUGCCAAUAUACCACGUGGAGCUCGGUAUUUUUCUACUUUUGACGCCACGAAUGGUUAUUGGCAGAUUCCAUUGACUGAAAACGCCCAGCGCCUCUGUACCUUUCUCACACCCUUCGGCCGAUUUCAACCCAUCCGUGCUCCUCAAGGCUUGUCGUGUACAGGCGACGUUUACAAUGAGAGAAACGAUCGUGCUUUCGCUGGCCUCACCAAUUUUCGCAAAAUGGUUGACGACAUUUUACAGGUCUCCUACACAUUCGAAGAGCACAUCACAGAUGUAAGAAAUGUCUUACUUCGAUGUCGAGACAACAAGGUCACUUUAAACCCAUCAAAAUUUGUUUUUGGUCAACCCCGUGUCUCUUACGUUGGAUUCUUGGUGGGCCGCUAA